GUCGCCGCGGCCGCCGACCACGCAGAAUCGUGCGGGAUCGGAAGAUCAUGGUGUCGUCCGACGUGUCGCUCAGCGCAUCGAGCCGCAUCGUCCGCGAGAAUGUAAAUAAAGCGCCGCUUAGCUGACCAGCCCGCCGAGUGUGUGAGAGCAGCACGUCGCCGCGAGACACGCAAUUAUGCGCGUAGCCGAAUGCGCGACGACGACAGCCGGCCCGUCGAGCAAUCACCAAAGAUGAACGUCCCGUUGUACGGCGUUCUCGGAGCUGCCGCUACCCUGCUUGCUUACGUCCUCGGCAUAGGAACAAUUGUAAAACUUUUAAUCUGCUUGCUUGCGUUAAUUUUAGGAACAUUGAUUUGUAUAUAUAAAACGUACUCACCGAAUCUCGACAAUGUGAUUAAGUCUGAAAGGGAAGAUUUAUCUAAGAAGACUGAAAAGUUCCGGCAGUAUAUACUAGAUGUGUCUAGGGAGAGGAUGACAUUUACGUUAGAUAGAAGAAUAACUGGUAGCCGUAUCAUUGACGAAUCCCUGCAAGAAAUUUUGGAUUUCUUGAUCAGAGAUUACGUGGAACCCUGGUACAGCAUUGUUACGGACGAUGAGGAAUUUAUCUAUUCCGUUCGAGAUACUGCCCAAAAAAUCGCCAUCAAUUUAGCAAAUCGGGUCAAGAGUGUCGAUUGGAUACCCUACUUGACUACACGACUCGUCGAUGAUGCGGCCUCGCACGUCAGGUUGUAUCGACAAGCAAGCGCGAGGAUGAAGCAAUUACGAUCGAACAGGAUCCAGAAAGGCAGUGCCAGCUCAAGCACGUCGGGCGGGACUCCGAAGAAGACUCCCACUCAUCGGCGAAAUAAGAGUGAGACCGACGUGUCUUGGUACUCGCAGUCGAAAUUUUAUACACCCAACCUAUCAUCGCUUACCGAGCCAAUCGAAUCGUCUGGCGAUGAGAAGGAGGACGAAUCGCUGGAAAAGAUAUUUUUCGAUCUCGAGGUGCAGAUGGAAAAUAAUCUGAUAUGCAGAGAUUUGGUAUGCACGAACGACACCCAGGAAUUGGAAUUCCUGGGCGAAAUAUCCGAAAUUCUGUUGUACCUGGUGCUACCCAAGGCGGACUUCGAUUGUUUAACUGUGAGAUUUGUCUUAAGGGAAUUGUUAGUGAAUGUUAUAAUCAGGCCAUUAUUGGAUCUAUUCUCCGAUCCUGAUUACAUUAAUCAGGCGUGUAUAUGGCUGUGUACUAAGGAUGGUGGUUUACCAAGUGAUAUCUUUUUAACAGUAAUUAGAAUAACGGACAAUUUAGACGAAUUAAUGGCGACGAAAAGUAUAGUCUGUAAAGAAAUAGCGCACCUGCGCUCAAAGGAUUCGGGCGGAGAUGACGAUCUGUCGGUGAAGCAGCAGCUGAACAGUCUGGUUUACGUGAAGAAAAUCCUGGAGACGAGGAUCAUCGGUAUGCAGGAGGGCUUGGAAACGGAAACGGACGGUAUCGGCGCUCAACCGGAGUGGAACAGAUUGCUCAUACCGGGCCAAAAGCUAGUUAAUUUACCAUUAGAUGAGUUGCUGAAGAACAAUAUCGCUCUCAGUUACUUCAUCGAUUACAUGACCUCCAUAAAUGCAGAAGCGUACCUGUUCUUUUACCUGAAUAUCUAUGGAUGGAGGGUCUCGGCCGAGCAACAGAUAUCGGACAUCGAGUUACAGAAGAUCCAUGCCCAAUCUAACGCAGGUGCGAUCGGCGCUAAACGUAAGAACGCGGAUCUGGAUAAUCUGAAGGAGGCAGCCACAAAGAUCUAUCAGCAGUACCUCAGCGACAAGGCGUCGCCCAAGCUGCAAUUGGAUGAUACUUUGGUGAAGGGCUUGCUCACGAGAAUGAAGACGGAGUUGGUCAAGGAAACGUGGUUCGACGAGCUGCGAAAUUGUUGCUACGAGAAACUGCAGAAUGAAGACAGAUUUCUGCCGGGUUUCAAGAGAUCGUUGGCUUACGUGAAACUGCUCGCGGAGCUGGAUCUUCUGAAGGAUCCGGUGUCCGAGGACGACGCAAAAUCCUUGGACAGCAUAAGCUUGUCCAGCACGAAUCUCGAAUUGGACACUUUGGAGGAAUUGUCCGAGACGUACAAAGCCGACGACGCGAAGCUCGCAGCCGCAAAGGAGGGCACUAAAAAAUCGAAUUCUUCGACGAGCUUGACGAGCAUAGGAGAGGCGAACGAAGGUAGGGCAUCCGAUGAAGUUGAUGCGGACACGGGCAGUCUUAGAGGCGUGAGAAACACGCGUACGGGUUUUACCGCGGAGAUCGACCAAAUCGGUGAGAAGAAGGACGUUUCGUUUUACGUGGAGACCAACGCGGAGCAAUUCGUCAAGCUGGAUGAGAACAACUACGAUCAGAAUGCGAUCAAGAAGCUGCAGCAGGGCCGAUUCGAGAUCACCGCCACGAUCAUAGAGACCGGUAUCGUCAGCGAUCGCGGAAAAACGUACGGCAUAUACGCGGUGGCGAUCACGAAGAAUUACGAUUCGGGCUACAAGGAGAAGUGGCAUAUCUACAGACGGUACUCCGACUUCUACGAUUUGCAUCAGAAGAUCAAGGAAAAGUAUUACGAUCUGGCGAAAAUACCUUUCCCCGCGAAGAAGGCCUUCCACAAUAUGGAGCGCACGGUGUUGGAGAGACGAAUGUUGAUGUUGAACGCAUGGUUGUGCCAACUGACGAAACCCGCGAUCAUGGAUGGGCACAUGGGAUUGCAGAAUCUCUUGUUGGCCUUCUUGGAGCAAGGGGAUUACGAUAAAGGUGUCACUGGCGGGCAAAUCUCGAGAACGAUAGAUACCUUAAUGAAUCCCUUGAAGACGUCUAUGAAAAGCGUCACGCAGGCGGUUAAAACAAUGCCGGACAACAUGCUGAGUACGGUGGACGGCGUAAUGGACAAUCUGAGCAAAUUUUUCGGCAAUCCUAAAAAGACCAGUAUAUUUUAUGAGAAUACCAAAGUUAGCGCCGGUCUCGAUACAGAGACCGAUGACAAUAUCCCGUUGCGAAUUAUGCUCCUGUUAAUGGACGAGAUCUUCGAUUUAAAAGUGCGAAAUCAGUGGCUGAGACGGCGGAUCAUAACGCUACUGCGCCAAAUCAUUCGCACGAUGUUCGGGGACAUAGUGAAUAGAAGGAUAGUGGAGUACGUGUCGUUCAUGACCAGCCCGUCAAAAGUCGCGGGAUAUUUGCGCUUAUUCAAGAAUAGCUUCUGGCCGAACGGCGUGAAGGCCGAGAGUAAACCGCCGCGAGACACGGAGAUGAAGAACAGAACGCGAGUGGCAGCUAAGAUAGCUUUGCUUUCGUGUCUCUCGGAUGAAUUGAAACAUAUCAUAGGCAGCGAGACGACGAGGCGCGGUUUGCUAAGAGUGUUCGAGCUGUUUCAGCGGCCCGUACUAAACAGAAGGCUGUUGUACGUGCUGCUGGAAGGUAUCGUCGAGACUUUAUUCCCGCAGAACAAUCUAGUGACAGUUUUCAGGAAACUCUAUUCGGUCUCGCCGCGGGUGAGGAGUAAGAGUAAAGCGAAGUCCUGAUGGAAGAAUAGGGCGGACUGAUGUCCGAAUGCAAUGGUGUGAGAGCGACUCGUGCGGUCGAAAGAGAUCCACGGGAUUAGAAAUUUCGACUUCAUUAGCAAUUUUCAAUAAAGUGCAUCUCUCUUCUCUUUGAGUAGCUUAGAGAUUCACGAUAUUAAAAAAAAAAUACUCGUGCAAAGUGUCCAACGGAAAAGAAACAUAUUUAGGAUAUCUGUGCUCUUAACCCAUUGAACUCUUAUUCUACUUCACUCUUGUAUUUUCUCUACAGAGAAAUGUAUUUGAAAAUUUGAUAAAAUAUCUGCUUGUAAUUCGAAAUCUUGAUUAUUUUUGUAGGAAGACUUCAUUUUUACUCUUUUGUUUUAAAAAUGGUAGCAAUUAAUGUAUAUUAAUUAUAAGGUGUACUUAAUAAGUGUGUGAGUUUAGUAGAUUAUGACAGUGUUCAGACUCUUCAUCAUUUCACUAUUUUUCUGAGAUAAAACACAAAGUGCUGAAUGCGGAGCUCAAUAGGCUAAGGAAUCGUCACAAUCAUUACGCUUAUUAAGAUAUUGGAUGUUUUAGCCUCUUCAAACAGUUCUCUGAGCUGCAGUAUGCAUAUAUAUGCCAUUGCAUUGGACACCCGUCGCGCCUAUAGCUUUCGACAGGGAACAAAACGAAAGUCAUACGCUUUCAUAUUUUGACGAUUUAUAUACGUUCAACGAUGCGCACGUCGGAAAAGUUCCUGUUUUCUUCAUUAGUUAAUCGACGCCGAAAACUUUUUGGAGUAUUCCCAAUGGACAAAAAUAUCUCAAAAAUAUUGAAGCUUUUUGAAAGGAGAUUUGCAACGUAAGAAAUAAGUAAAAAUUGUCUUGUGAAUAAAAGAUAAGGUACUCUCUAGAUUUUAGAAAAAUAUAAAUUAUACAUAUAUAUAGAAAUUAUACAUUGGAAUACUAAAAAAGUAAGAUAUUCAAAGCAAGCUUGAGCUUGCUUAUUUACAACUUAGCUUCUUUCUAUUAUCUCGUUAGGUCACUUGUAGGUAGGUCGUUUCUUACAUAAUGUGUACAAUAAUGAUAAGACUUUUCUCUAUUAUAUUCCUGUUGAAUGCAAUAAGAUUUUUCUAUUUCCUCGAAAAAUAAAUUACACUCAACGAAUAACUGACUGCGCGCGGUUAGGGAGGCAGGGCAGUGCCGAACUUUUCCAGACGUGUGCAACUAUUCUAAGUGAUCUAGUGGCCAAAAAGUACGAUAUGUAUAUAUAUAUAUAUAUAUAUACAUAUACAUAUAUGCGAUUUCAAUUGCGUAACCGAGUCUACAGCUCGGGCUGCUACUCUCGUCGUAAUUAAUGUAGGGUAACAUAAAAAAGAAACUCACGAAUUUCUUGUGAUUACCUCGUAGGAGAAUGCAAUAAGGUCCAUGGUAACAUUCCACUUGCAUUUUAAGUGCUACACCGGCUAGUUAGUUAAUUAUCCUUUUUACAACUAUCCUCCGAAACUGCAACGUGCUACGUAGACGUAAAAGGGGCACCGUAUACACACAUGAUAAUUUACUUAAGUUCUAGGACGAUGCGCGAAGUGACGCGAAGGAGAUCAGUUUAGACGUAUAAUUUACCGCCGACGUUAUACUUAAUUAUAUAUUUAUGUUGGGGACUAUAUACUGAAGUUUAUUUUGUGCCAUCCGAUUGAACAGUACCUAUUUAUUUAUUAGCAAGAAAAGAAAAAUUACUAACGGUAGUCUCGAUGGCGCCCUUCGGAUACUUCUAUGGAAUUUAUGAGGACUCUACGCCCUUCGUUAAAAAUGCGAAACGCAAUUGUAUAAAAUUGUUGUACAUUACUCUAUCGUACGUCUGUAUAAAAAGUUAUUUCUAUUUCAUGUUAAAACGCCAUACACUUAUCACGUUUACUUAUUAAAGGAACUAUUUAUAA